AUGUCAAGGCAAGCUCACCUUCCACCUCGCUGCCCAUUUCAAAAGAAAACUGUGCCGCGACCGACUCAUGACCCUAUCUCCCCAACCCCAUAUGAGUUGUAUCCUCGACACCAAAAAUCUAUUUCACAAAGCUCCAUCUUAGAGGAUCAGCCAGCAUGGCUCAAUGAUUUGUUGAGUGAUUCUGACUCAAAUUCCAAAGGUAUAUUACACCGUCGAUCCGCUAGUGAUCCUGUGACUCUUUUGGAUGGCAUUGUUCCAUCAGCAUGUCUUUACAUGCAUAAUGAUGAUCAAAGUUUGGAGACUAGUGAAGAUGGUGGCGGGUUUGAGUCAGCUUGUAUCUAUGGUCCUAAUUCCCCUCGAAGCAAGGGCGAAUUGAACAAUCCGGAACAUGCCAUUGUUUCAGCACUAUCAGAAUAUGUAUCUCAAAACCCUCUGCCGUAUUUGGAUGGGGAUCUCUGCAUUUCUGGAAAUGUGCAAUUAGAAUCUGUACGAGAUGGUUGUGGUUCCCCUGGGAAGGUCAAUGCUGAGACAAAGCCAGUGAAACAGAUCACAUUUGCAAAAUGUGGCAUCAAGAAGCUCUUAUUUCAUGCUGUAAUGCAGUCUUGUGUUACCGAGGAAACUCAUGAUAUGUCAAUUAUCUUAUUAGCUCAUGUAAGUAAGGACUGUGCAAGGCAUUCUGGGCAGCGGUCAAGAGUCCGCAAACUCCAAUACAUAGCUGAACUUGAGAGAACUGUUCAUGUGUUUCAGACUUUAGAGUCAGAUUUGGCUGUCGGAGUUGCUUCUCUUCUUCAGCAGCGGGUUGUGUUGUCAAUGGAGAACAACAAACUAAAGCAGCAGCUGGCUAGACUGCAGCAGGAAAAAUUGAUGGUAGAUGACUUGGGUUACUGGUUGCUGUUUUGUUUGGUUGCUGGAAGGAUUAUGGUGGAGGUGCUGAGCAGACUUGUUGGUCGGCUAGUGAUUGGAGGUCAAUACCAAUCUCUUAGAAAAGAAGUUGAGAGGCUGAAAAUCUGUUUGAAACAUUCCCCAAAGGGCAAGGCCAGCACCUAUUUCAGGUCAAGCUCUGCUAUUCAGGCAGCUAAUUCAGAGGCUACUUGGCAAAUGUUAGACUUGGGAAAACUUGACAUUAACUGA